CCCCAAACAGCCAAGAGGAGCUCCCAGUCCCGAUCCACCCCCAGCCGUCAGCCAUGGUGCACUGGACCGAAGAGGAGAAGAAGAUCAUCACCGCCAUAUGGGCCAAAGUUGACGUGGCGGAAACUGGCGCCAAUGCCCUUGCCUGCCUGCUGGUGGUGUACCCCUGGACCCAGAGGUUCUUCGCCGACUUUGGGAACCUCUCCAGCGCCACCGCCAUCUGCGGCAAUCCCAAGGUGCGCGCCCAUGGCAAGAAGGUGCUCACCUCCUUCGGGGAUGCCAUCAAGAACCUCGACAACAUCAAGGCGACCUUCGCCAGCCUGAGCGAGCUGCACUGCGACAAGCUGCACGUCGACCCCGAGAACUUCAAGCUCCUGGGCGACGUCCUCAUCAUCGUCAUGGCCUCCCACUUCGGCAAGGACUUCACCCCCGCCGUCCACGCCGCCUUCCACAAGCUGGUCCGCGUGGUGGCCCACGCCCUGGCUCACCGCUACCACUAGUCCUCCUGCCCGGGACACGCGGUGGCCCCCUCUCCCCCUCCCCACCCCUGUGAUGUGACAGCCGAAUAAAAGCCAUGGCCUGUGAA